UCACUCGACUUUACCUUUGGUCUUCUGCCCGCCGUUAGCGUGGGAAAUUGAAGCGAAGAUGGUGAAGGGGCGCCAAGGAGAACGAGUCAGACUGUAUGUGAGGGGAACCAUCCUCGGAUACAAGAGGUCGAAAUCCAACCAAUACCCAAACACGUCUUUGAUCCAGGUGGAGGGUGUGAACACAAAGGAAGAGGUUGGAUGGUAUUGUGGCAAGCGAAUGGCCUAUAUUUACAAGGCCAAGGUCAAGAAGAACGGAUCCCAUUACAGAUGUAUUUGGGGAAAGGUAACAAGGCCGCACGGUAACAGUGGAAUCGUCCGUGCAAAGUUCAAAUCCAACCUGCCCCCCAAGUCCAUGGGUUCUAAGGUUAGGGUUUUCAUGUACCCAAGCAACAUAUAAGUGCUUUGGUAUGUGAAGAUGCCAUUUUGAGGAUUACAGAGGAGUAGAGGGCUUGGAUUACACCAACUUCCUGCAGCUAGGUUUUGAAUUUUUGUAUCGAGGAGCUACAAUAGUUAGUUUUGUUUAUUAUUUUGUCUUUUCAGGAUGAUGAAUUGAACAGUUGACUGUUUUCAUGUACUUUUAGAUAUGUGAUUCUUCACACACCCAUUUGCCUCCCAGUAGGCAUGAUGGGUGUUAAGAACUUGGUGGAACAAAACAUAUUUGAGUUCAGUUUGCAAGUAGUUCUCCCGCUUUAAACCGCCUUGUUUGACAUUCGUCUUCCC